CAGGAUUUCAAACCAGUCCUAUAUUCUCCCUAUUAAGUGGUUUCACUUUCAUUGAAAACCACUUAUUCCCUUAUAAAGAAGAUGUGAAUAAGAAUGCUUACAAACCUCUCACAGCAUCAACCAUUGAAUUUGAAUCUUAAAAGAAAACCCUAGAAUCUAGAGCGAGCCGUGAGGAUGGGAAGAGGAAAGAUCGAGAUUAGGAGGAUCGAUAAUACUACGAGCAGGCAAGUUACCUUCUCAAAGCGAAGGAAGGGACUGUUGAAGAAGGCUAAGGAGCUAGCAAUUCUAUGCGAUGCAGAAGUUGGACUGAUUAUCUUUUCCAGCACUGGGAAGCUCUAUGAAUUUGCAAGCACAAGCAUAAAAUCUGCAAUUGACCGAUAUCACAAAUCAAAAGAGGAGAAUCAUCAAUUGCUGAAUCCAGCAUCAGAAGUCAAGUUUUGGCAGAGAGAAGCAGCAAUUUUAAGGCAACAACUACAGAACUUGCAAGAAAACCACAGGCAACUGAUGGGCGAAGAACUUUAUGGUUUGAGUGUCAAGGAUCUACAAAAUCUAGAGAACCAAUUGGAAAUGAGUUUGCGAGGUGUCCGCAUGAAAAAGGAGCAAAUCCUAACAAAUGAAAUAGAGGAGCUAAAGCAAAAGGGCAACCUUGUUCAACAGGAAAAUGUGGAACUGCACAAGAAGAUGACCCUUAUUCGCCAAGAGAACAUGGAAUUGUAUAAGAAGGUUUAUAGCACAAGAGACGUGACUGCCGCAAGCACGAAUACCAUCAUUCCAUAUGGCUUUAGUAUUGGAGAGGAUUCAGCCGUCCCCAUCCAUCUCGAGCUAAGCCAGCCUAAGCAACGAUGUUAGCAGACAGCAGCAAGACAACCUAGGGAGGAGAACAACUUCAUUUGAAAAAUCCCCAAAGCAUACAAUAGUAUGCUUCUCAGAUUGAGAUGAGCUACACAAGCAAUCGACAUGGUUGAAGGCGCCAACCAUAAAUUCGGUUACAGAUCAGUCGGAUCAUAUUUUCUUGUAAAGCUUCACAAAAAAUUAAAAAUACCAUGUGCGCAUCGAUUUCCUUAGCUGUCAAAAAUCUUAUCAUUAUUAUUGCUAUGGAUGAUGGGGUCUAGAUGCCCUUCUUCUA